ACUAGACUAACCAUUGUUAUGGGUAAACUGGUUUGACCGGUAGCGGUAUUUUAUCGCUUUAAUUACAGGUGCUCUCUUGUCGCGGAGGUGGAAAAAUCGUUUAUGAGCCUCACCCAGCAUAACAACAAUACAUCGACAUAGGGUGUUUCUGAUAGAAGAAGAUUUUGCUAGGUUUUGGGGCAGAUUUUCUUAAAGUUUCACCAUGGAACGUGAAACAGUUAUUGAGGACAGACUAAGUAAAAUUUAUCAUACAAAUUACGUGCGAAAUUCUCGAGCUAUCUGCGUUCUGUGGGGAAUAUUCACUGUGUGUUAUGCCAUACUAAACAUCGUCUGUUUCAUUCAACCCCAAUGGAUAGGGGACACAGGAGUUGCCACGGCUGGGUUUUUUGGAUUAUACAAAUAUUGUGUGCUCCGAAAUAAUAAUGAGUUUGAAUGUCUGGGAGAUUUUUUUGACGCCGAUUCUUAUUUAAAUUCCUCGUUUCACGCGGCAGCAGUAUUUAUUGGUCUGUCUGCUCUACUUUUUCUCAUCUGCUGUUUAUGUCUUCUGUUGUUUUUAUUCCUGAACACAGCCACCGUACUCAGAAUAUGUGGAUGGAUUCAAGUUCUUGGAGCAAUUUUUAUGUUCCUUGGUUGUGUCAUCUUUCCAAAUGGCUGGGACCACAAAACUUUCAACAAGAUUUGUCUAAAUGAUAACAAGUCCUACGAUAUGGGUUCCUGUGGUAUACGAUGGGCUUACAUCUUGGCCAUUAUACUGAUCUUUGAUGCCACCAUCUUGGCAAUUUUGGCCUUCGUCUUGGCAGCAAAACAGGCCAAACUCUUACCAGAAGUGUACAAAAAGAUGGAAAAAUCUGAUUUCAAUGGCUACGCAAGUGAUACGAUGUCUAAACGAUCAGGACUACACGCUUUAUCCGAUGAUCGAUAUUCCGAAUAUUCUCAUCGAUCAGAAAAAUCAAAACGAUCGAUACAUUCCAGUAGAGCUGCUUAAAUCAAUAAUAUUUGUCUAUGUAUAGCAAUAUAUGGUUUAUUAGACGGACCAAUUAUUCACUACAUAUUCGUUGACGAAAUCCCAAUUCAAAAAUCGAUUAUGGUUUAAGGUAACAUCAAAACUUUACAUCAAUUGUUUGGAAAAUUUGUCUGUGAACAAAAACUGAAGGAAAAUUAUGAAUAAUUGGUCUUUGUAAUAAGUCACCUUUUUGUAUAAUAAUGUAAAUUAUUAGCUUUUAUAAUUAAUUUUUUUGACAUAGAACUAGUUAUAAAGUCCCGUUUAGAGAUGCCGUGAUGCAACUCUUUAAAAUCAUUUCUGAACAAAUUUUCCGUCUGAUAGAAUAUUCCGAUUACAGCUUUAUCAAAGAAGUACUCUUCUGUACGCCCAAGCUCUCGUAAUGAUAUACAAUACAAUCAUGUUAUGCCAACUUAAACAGGCUUUAUUAAUAAGAACAGACUAAAGGAAUUAUAUGAUUUAAAUUUUACUAAAACAAUCCACAACAAACAAGUGGCCAUGACAUUAGAUAGUCUAAAUGUUUGAUUUGGUUGCUUUUACUAAAUUGUUUUAUGACUUUCUUACUUAAUUCGUGUUUUAUUUUGAGAUUAUUGACUAUUUAACCUUAAACUCAUUAUGUCAGAUUUUAACAUAUUUGUUGUGUACCUGUAUCAUGUAUUGUCUUUAUUUGUAAAACUCUAAAUGGGACCCUGUUCUCAUAACGCCAGGGCGUUACAAUCUAAGGGAGAAAACUCUAUAAGAAAUUCUGUGGGUACAGACCACUAACUAAUUCCAGAAUUUACAUUUAUUUUGUAAUGUCGUGACUGACACGUUACAUUUGGCGAUACACUGGUUGAUAUUAAAUAUGAGAAAUAAGUGGUCUGUGUCGUUUUACAUUUUGAAUAUUAUUACAAAAUUGAUAAAAUUAUUUCGGCACUAUGGUAAAAAUCUGUAAUAUUGUAUUUUGUAAACUGUUAAAUUGUAUAUUGUGUAUAGGGUAAAUGUAUAUUGUACAAAUGAUAUCAUGCAUAGUACGCUAUAGAGAUCAAAUAAUAUUAAAUAGCGAGUAAACGUUAUAUUUUUGUGUUCAAUAACUGUAGAUAAUACAUUACCCAUGUCAUUUUACCAUAGAGAUAACAUAAUUACUUAUAUUUUAUUAUUUAUAUUAUAUAUUGAGCUUGGCUUAUUAUUCUACCACUAUAAUUACAAUUUACCUGAAUUCUUUAAUGUCUCAAUCGCGAUACACACACGUAUGUCAUCAUGUCUUUAUUUGGUUUUAUUCUUAACCCUAUAGCAGAGAUUAAAUUUUAAUUUUUGGUUUAUUCUUUUACAUUGAAUAGAACGAUAGGCACUCAUUUUACCAUUAUAAAUUAUACCUAAAAAAAUAUCCUCUAACAAAUUUAACAUCAGAAAUUGAAAUCUUGUCCGUAGUUUGACUAUAAUCUAAAAACCGAAGUUUUGUCACUAAUUUUACUAUAUGAAUUGUAAUAUUCAAGACAAUAAAAUAUUCUUUUAUAAUA